GUGUGUUUGAUGUUUAGAAAGUGGAUGGAGAUGGUGAGGGUACCAGUGCAAUAGGACCCGAUGGAGAACCCAUAGAUGAAAGUAGUCAAAUGAGUGAGCUGCCAGUCAAAGUGAUUCAGACAGAGACGGGAAAAGUCCUGCAGGGAACUGAUGCUCCCAAAUCCAGUCAGCUAGAGGCCUGGCUAGAGAUGAAUCCCGGGUAUGAGGUUGCCCCGCGGUCUGACAGUGAAGAGAGUGGCUCAGAGUUCGAGGAAGAGGAAGAAGAAGAGGGCACCAAGGCAGAAAUGGAAGAGAAGAAGAUAAUUGAUGCCAAUGGAGAUGAAGUGAUUGUGACUGCAGCCAAGAACAUCAUUGAGACGGCCAAACAGGAUGUGGAUGAUGAGUACAGUGUUCCAACUGGGCAGAUGUGCUCCCAGUCAUACUAUGGUGUGGCCCAUGCUGUCAUUGAGAGAGUGGAGAAGCAGUCCUCCCUGCUGAUCAAUGGCACACUCAAACAGUACCAG